AUGGCACUAGAAGAUUUCGAAAAAAUGUUAAGAAGUGAUAUAGACGAAAUGUGGAAUAAUUUUUCUGAGAAAGGAUUAAUUGAAUUGGAAAAGUUAUCUGAUAUAGGCUCAUAUAACAAAGUAUGGAGUUUACUAGUAAUUUGCACAAUAUGA